AAAGCGAUUGACAGCGUGAGACCAUUGGUGAGAAGGCCAAACCAGAAGGCUGUCGUCAUUUACGUAAAAAAAGGGCUAUACUUCGAAGAGGUCACUAUUCCUGAGGGCAAGGCCAAAAUUACUCUGGUGGGCGACCCUGGCGAAACCAGAAUUCGUUUCAACAAGUACUCUGCGAAACUCGACAAGAACGGCAACCCGCUUGGAACUGCCAAUACUGGUACACUUGCCGUCCUCGCCGACGACUUCACAAUGGUCAACAUGAUCGUUGAGAAUGCUUCGCCGCGUCCCCCACCUGCGACGACUGGUUACCAGGCCGUCGCAUUUCGCUCUGCCGGCAAUCGCACAAUCGUGUUCAACUCCAGCUUCUACUCUUACCAGGACACGCUAUACGCUCACAAAGGAUUCCAAUAUUACAAGAACUGUUUCAUCUUCGGCGAGGUUGAUUUUGUUUUCGGCGCCGCGAAAGCCAUCUUCGACUCAUCCACAUUCUACAUGGAUUCCAUGGGCUAUGCCGCCGUGACCGCGAACUACCGCAUGUCGAAGGCCGAGGAUUCGUGCUUCGUGAUCAUGAACUCGCACAUCACCGGCCGCAACCAGGGCUGGCUUGGCCGCUCCUGGGGCAAAUACGCAUGCACCGUCGUUGCCAACACCUAUAUGGACAAGGCUGUUCGCCCUGACG